AUGAAUCAGGCACUAAAUACUAUGCUGAUAGCUUUACCAGUAUGGCAUUAUCCCGCGUCCCUCCCGGGUCCGGAACGCCAGCCUCAUGCACCUCGAUGGUGGGCUGCACCGCCGUCGCCGCCGCAGCUGCUGCACCGUACAUCCGUGGAGACCGGAAGAGAGCUCGUCUGCAUUGGCGGCGUCCACCCUCGACGCCCUGCCAUUGACUAUCAGAAAUUUCAUCACUAUCCAAAUAUCGUGAUUCUCGAGACCGUACCAGCUGCUAUGAAUCAUCUUUUCUCGAAUCCCGCUUGGCAGCCUCUGCCUGUUCCAAGCCCCGCCAGAUUAUUCUUUGACCUCGAAUCUGAAUUUGUCUCUUUGCCCACUUGGGGCGCACGAAACAACCAGUGCCACCCGCCUGUGGACGCUGCCCGUUGCUGCUAG